AUGGGGGCUACAAGUAUCUCUGGCAGUUCAGUGUAUGGGGGCUACAAGUAUCUCUGGCAGUUCAGUGUAUGGGGCUACAAGUAUCUCUGGCAGUUCAGUGUAUGGGGCUACAAGUAUCUCUGGCAGUUCAGUGUAUGGGGCUACAAGUAUCUCUGGCAGUUCAGUGUAUGGGGCUACAAGUAUCUCUGGCAGUUCAGUGUAUGGGGCUACAAGUAUCUCUGGCAGUUCAGUGUAUGGAGGCUACAAGUAUCUCUGGCAGUUCAGUGUAUGGGGCUACAAGUAUCUCUGGCAGUUCAGUGUAUGGGGCUACAAGUAUCUCUGGCAGUUCAGUAUAUGGGGCUACAAGUAUCUCUGGCAGUUCAGUGUAUGGGGGCUACAAGUAUCUCUGGCAGUUCAGUGUAUGGGGCUACAAGUAUCUCUGGCAGUUCAGUGUAUGGGGGCUACAAGUAUCUCUGGCAGUUCAGUGUAUGGGGCUACAAGUAUCUCUGGCAGUUCAGUGUAUGGGGCUACAAGUAUCUCUGGCAGUUCAGUGUAUGGGGGCUACAAGUAUCUCUGGCAGUUCAGUGUAUGGGGGCUACAAGUAUCUCUGGCAGUUCAGUAUAUGGGGCUACAAGUAUCUCUGGCAGUUCAGUGUAUGGGGGCUACAAGUAUCUCUGGCAGUUCAGUGUAUGGGGCUACAAGUAUCUCUGGCAGUUCAGUGUAUGGGGCUACAAGUAUCUCUGGUCCUAA